AUGUACUUUAGAUACUGUAUAGUGCUAUUAUACAUAACAAAUAUAAAAGCAAGAAUGGUAUGGAAAGAUGUAAAAGAAUUUAAAAAAAUUGUUGUUGGUUCAUAUAAAGAUGUGGAUAGAAUGGUAUCUCCACAUAGCUCUAAGCAUCCUACAAACUUAUAUAUCAAUGGUAAGCUUGGAUUUAUCUAUAAUCUAAGCGAGUUUGGUUGUGAAAUAGAUGUAAAAUAUAAAAUGGAAGUUGCAACUAGUGAAUCUGGCGGUAAUAUCUAUAAAUGCAAAAAAACAUCUGAUAAGAAUGGCAUUCGUAGUUUAGACAAUAACCAAUCUCUCUCUUCAAAUAUAUCUUUGAAAUGUUGUAGGUGUUUAAUUGACAUGCUUCCUACAGUGGAUGGAAGAGCAACAAUUUAUUCAGAAGAAAAAUAUUCAUUUUUAGCUUUUCUUAAUAAUAUUUCAGAGAAAAAAGACAGACUGAGACUGCUUGCUUCAUUUGUUUUUACUUUCUAUGGGGGUAGAUGUUUCUUUAGAAAUAAAAACAAAUGA